AUGAAUCGUUUGCUUUUGAGUUUGGUGGCGCUGGUCGCCUUGAGUGCCUGCGUCCAAGGACAUCCGGACCUCGACUUCCCCUUCGGGCGGAUCGUCAAUGGAGUGGAAACGACAAUCGAGCAGCACCCCUACCAAGUGUCCAUCCAGACGAGAUCGAGCUCCCAUUUCUGCGGCGGAAGUUUGAUUAAUUCGGAUACCGUUGUGACCGCCGCCCACUGCAUGCAGAAAUAUACUGCCAGCGAGAUGCAGGUUCGUCUGGGAUCCACAACCAGGAACUCCGGCAGUGAGGUGGUCGCCGUGAGGGCCUUCAAGUUCCACGAGGGCUACAACAGCACGACCAAGAUCAAUGACGUAGCCAUCAUCAAGCUGAGCACUCCCGUUCGCCGGACCUCCCUGAUCCGGACUAUUGAAUUGGCUACUUCUGAUCCCGCCAGCGGAACCCCGGCUGUGGUCUCCGGCUGGGGCACCACCUGCUACCUUUGGUGCUCCUCCACAACAACCCUUCUGGAAGUGGAGGUGGAUAUUGUGAGUCAAAAGGACUGCGGCAGUAGCACCUAUAAUUACGGAGAAUCGAUCACUGCAACAAUGGUCUGUGCCAACGGCGAGAAGAAGGACGCCUGCCAGGGUGACUCGGGAGGUCCUCUGGUGGCCGACGGCAAGCUGGUCGGAAUCGUGUCCUGGGGCAACAGAUGCGCUCGGACCGGAUACCCAGGAGUCUAUGCCAGUGUUGCCGAGCUCAAACCAUGGAUCGAUGAGACCACUGCUUCGUUGUAGAU